GGGAGCCUGGUGCCGGAUUACUGGGUCGACGGCUCCAACAGGGAUGCUCUGGGCGAUUUCUUCGAGGUGGAGUCGGAGCUGGGACGGUGCAUAAUUCAUAGUAGGAGUGCCUCUCACGUCAGAUGACCCGCCGAACUCUCCACUGGAGGACUACUUAGGUGUCUAUGCAGGCUGUUCAAACUGACUCUCUUCCGCUCACUUCCAGCCAGCAGCCACUAGCAAAACUGCUCCUCUGUUUGUGUACUUCAUCUCAGGGUGCUACAUCCAUUGUGUACAGAUGCAAACAGAAGGGGACCCAGAAGCCUUAUGCUCUCAAAGUGUUAAAGAAAACAGUGGACAAAAAAAUCGUAAGAACUGAGAUAGGAGUUCUUCUUCGCCUCUCACAUCCAAACAUUAUAAAACUUAAAGAGAUAUUUGAAACCCCUACAGAAAUCAGUCUGGUCUUAGAACUCGUCACAGGAGGAGAGCUGUUUGACAGGAUUGUGGAAAAGGGAUAUUAUAGUGAACGAGAUGCUGCAGAUGCUGUCAAACAGAUCUUGGAGGCAGUUGCUUACCUACAUGAAAAUGGGAUUGUCCAUCGUGAUCUCAAACCAGAGAAUCUUCUCUAUGCAACUCCAGCACCAGAUGCGCCACUCAAAAUUGCUGAUUUUGGACUCUCCAAAAUCGUGGAACAUCAAGUACUCAUGAAGACAGUAUGUGGAACCCCGGGAUACUGUGCACCUGAAAUCCUUAGAGGCUGUGCCUAUGGACCCGAGGUGGACAUGUGGUCUGUGGGAAUAAUCACCUACAUCUUACUUUGUGGAUUUGAACCAUUCUAUGAUGAGAGAGGUGAUCAAUUCAUGUUCAGGAGAAUUCUGAAUUGUGAAUAUUACUUCAUCUCUCCCUGGUGGGAUGAAGUAUCUCUGAAUGCCAAGGAUUUGGUCAGAAAAUUAAUUGUACUGGAUCCUAAGAAAAGGCUGACUACCUUUCAAGCUCUCCAGCACCCAUGGGUCACAGGUAAAGCAGCCAAUUUUGUACACAUGGAUACGGCUCAAAAGAAGCUCCAAGAAUUCAAUGCCCGGCGCAAGCUCAAGGCGGCGGUCAAGGCCGUGGUGGCCUCCUCCAGGCUCGGCAGCGCCAGCAGCAGCCACAGCAGUGUCCAGGAGGGCCGGGCUAGCCGGGAGCCGUCUCCACCUCAGGCCGGCGACGAGGGCGUCCCGGGGGGCGAGGGGCCCCCGGCGGCAGCUGAGGGGGCCGGGGCGGAGCUACCGGAGGUGCAGGCGGGGGAGGAGGUCAGCGGUGAUGAUGGAGACCCGGCGGCCCCCAGGAUGGAGCCCGCGGCGUGGGAGGAGGAGAUGGAGGGGGCCGUCCUGGAGACGGAGGGGCGCCCGGCCGGGGAGACGCGGGUGACUGCUGGAGCUGCGGCAGCCCCUGGAGGACCAGAGGAGGACCCUGCCCUGGAGGUCGGAGCUCAGCAGGGUGACGCGGUCCUGCCAGAGGACUAGUGGCUUUCUUCCUAUGUGGGAGCCAAAUCCGGGCACUUUGUGCGUUUUGUCCUUCAGCAAGGAAGGUGGAAGCAUGAUGUGCACUAUAGUGUGAUUCUGUUUCUGAGGUGAAAAAAAUACAUAUGUAUCAGUUGGUAAUCCUAACUUCAAUGCAUGUGACUGCUUUAUGAAAAUAUAGUGUCUCCUAUGGUACGUAAUGGAUAUCAGAUACUGAUGAAUUAAUUAAAUUUGAAAUUGCAAGUAAACACAACAUAUCAAAACAUACAUUUUCAGGGACCAGUAGUGCACAUUUGAGGUAAAUACUAACAAAUUGUUUUUGCUUUGAAAACCUGGCUAUCCUCCACCCUUUGGAUUUCUUCAGAAGGUAAUUCCUUUGGACUGUUGCUCAGCUAAUACUAGGUAGAGCUAUAAGAUGUAUUCCCAUGACAUUUACAGUAUCUUCAGUAAUGUGUUCAAACUGUUUACAAGAAGAUGGUUAGGUUAUAGUUGUAUCGUGCGUGCAAAAAAAUUGCAUAUAUACCACUUAUAAUGGUAAGAAACUGAAGCAUAUUUUAAGGGCUAUGAAACCAUAUGCCCGUAAACCUUGUGUGGAGAAUGCUUUUUUAUCUUGUCUUUAUUUAUAUACACCAUAUUACUAAUAACCCAAAAUGUUCUAUCACAAAAUUCUGCCAUUUUAUAGUCCUGGAAAAAAGUCUUUUACAAACUCAUGCUGAGGAAUUUAUUCUCACCUUCACCUGCUCUCUAAUAAGAAGUCCUUAUGAUGGACAGCACUUAGAAGUUGGAAAAAGAAACUUAGUGAAAAAAGAAAAACUGGAAUUAGACUGUGAAGACUGACUUUGCCACUUCAAAUAAAAUUGAAUUUAUUCAUGAGCUUGUACAGUUUUAAAAAUAGGAACAUUUUUAUGGAUAAAUUCUAUACUAACCAAGGUUCUAAAUUUAUAAAAAAUCUAUACGAAUGGCUGGUGCAAAAAUGUCUGAAUAGAAUGAGAGUAAUAUCCCAUUGUAAGAUCAUUCAUUAUUUAAUUCACUAUAGUAAGGAAGGGGCUUCCCCAGUGGCCCAGCGGUAAAGAAUCAGCCUUCGAUGCAGGAGAUGCGGGUUCGAUCGCUGGAUCAGGAAGAUUCCCUGGAGGAGGAAAUGGCAACCCACUCCAGUAUUCUUGCCUGGAAAAUCCCAUGGACGGAGGAGCCUGGUGGGCUACAGUCUAUGGGGUCGCGAGGGAUCGGAUACAAUUGAGCAUGCACACACAUAGUAAGGAAACAUUUUUGUUUAUAAAAGUUCUUUUUUCCUUCAACUGAUGGUUCUUUAGAUACAUUGCUUAUGGGCUAAAGAUAUUUCUAAAAAGCUAGUAUACUUUUUUCUCAUGCUUGGAAUGGAAGCACUCAUAAUUCACAAUGUAGUUUUGAAAGUUUCCAUGUUGAAAAAUUUAGGGCAAUGCAACUUUUCAUUUAGUUUAAUAAACAAAAACAAAGGGAAAAAAUAAACUUUGAUUUAAAAUCAGACUCUUGAGAAGCUGUAACAUUAGACCUAAUACUUCACCAUGAUUUUUUUCAAAAUAUUUUUCUUUGGUUUUCAUAUAAACACUUUUUACUUAUAAAAACUCACAGUUAAAUUCCAAACAUCUCAGAUUUAUCUCUAGUUUGAGCUUAAAUGGACAUUUUAAUCAACUUAGUUAUAUAGCAUAUUUUAGUAGGUUUCCUUAAUUUAAAAAAUUAUUUUCAGGCCAAAAUUUUGGACAAUAAAAAUGACUAUCAGAUAAAAAUCCUCAUCAAAAAGAGAGAUCUUAAAUUCUUUUGGUGCUUCCUCAGAACUAUUAAGUUGGAAAAUUAAAUUAAACCUCUGGAUUCUGGGGACUGUCAGACCUUGUAGACGUUCUACUUUCCAAGUGCAGGUCUUAACUUCACUACUGUUCUCAUGAGGAAAAUAAAGUAGGACUUCUUGUCUUCCCUAAUAUAAGGGCCUGACGGGUCACUGACAUGGAGGAGAAGGCCCGCAAGGCACACACGUAUGAGCAUCUGAGAAAGAGCGCUUUUGUUUGUUUUAUGUUUAUUGACUAGUAGAGACUAUUUAUCUUCUUUACUGUCUCUUUCCUUCUUUAUUCUCUCAGUUUCCGUCUUAGGUAUUAUAAGAUGCUGACUAGUUUUAACCUUUUAAGAAUGCCUUGUUCCCUAAGCAUGAAGAUUUCCGUUUUAAUGGCUGAGUAAUAUUCCACUGUGUGUGUGCCACGGCCUUCUUAGCCUUUGUGUCCUUUCCCGGGGAGACUUCCCGUGAAGUCUCUCUACAUGGUUAGCUGAUAGAUGGCACGCGCCCCACAUAUUUGGAAAAGGGAAGAAGAGAGGGAAAGGAAUCUCAGUGGAAUAGAGCAUACAGUCAGAUGAAGACACAGGGUCCCCCCAGCCCCUGUAUCACCCCAGCCCUCGGGGCUGCCUGCGUGGGUCGGACCUGGGGACCGUGUUGUGUGAAGAGCGCUGCAGAUCCAGGAGGCCAGCGUGCAUUCAAGAAUUUACCCAGUUACACCAGCGCACACACCCGCUCCCUGAUGAGUGAGGGUGUGUGUAAUUUCCUCUUUUUAACCUGCAGAUUGCACUCUCUCAAAAUCAGAGGGAGUUUUAGAUUUUGAUUUGAAUGUUAAAAAUUAAGACCUGAUAAUGCCUAAAUGACUGAGAGUCAUUUCAGUGGAAAACAAGCUUUCACAAAAAUCUAUCAUUUCAUCCAAAUGAUUCAACCUGAGAUUUCAUAGAGAUGCUAUUUAAAUUACCAUAGUUAACGUUUUUGAAAGAACAAUACACAUUUAUAUUCCCUGUUAAAAUGGGAUAUAUUAUCUCUCUCAAAGAGUACUUAGCUAAAUAAUAGUAGGCUAAUGCAGAUAGAACCUUAAUUUGAUGAAUUAUUUUGUAAUGUUUCCUUUAUUUGAUGAUAUAGUCACAAAGCAAAAUAAUCAAGGGAAUUUCAGCAAACAAUAAACUACAUUUUGCAUUUUAGAACUGACAGUUUUUAUAUUGCAUUAUUGAUUUUUGUUCUCAAAUAAGUUCAGAUACAUAGCAUAAACCAGACUAUUUUGCCACAGAGAAGGACAUUCUUGAAUUAUUUUCCCCAUUAACAAAGUCUAAUUGGAAUCCCAGUGGUUUUUUUUUCUCAAACCAGAAGAGCACAUUUGUCCCACAAAUACAUAAGGUAGAAAUUAGACACUGUUAGAGACGUUAUUGUCUAGAAAAAGUCCCGCCUGAUAUGAAUGAUACAAGCCACAUGUGUAAUUUUAACUUUUCUCUUAGACACAUUUUUAAAAGUAAAAAAAAAAAAAAAGCUGAUAAAAUUAACUGUAUAUUUUAAUAUAUCCAAACUAUUAUUCUAAUAUAUAAUCAGUAUGAAGAACUAA